CCUUUAGUGUUUAGCUCUGCUUUUCCUCAGCUAAGCAGGGUGUCCUAAAUAGGCUUUAGCCUUCUUCCUGGUUCUCUUUGGCAAUGCUCCGUGUGCAUGGGUUUCUCUGUGUAACCUUGGAACCCGUCCUGGAACUCGCUAUGGCCUCAAACUCAAGAAACAGAUCCACCUGCCUCUGACUCCAAAGUGCAAGGUUUAAAGGUUUAAAGGCAACCACCCGGCUGAGGUACUAGGAUUUUUUUUUUUUUUUUAACUUACUGCGAUAGCAGCACAAGUGACCUAUCUCAUUGUUGUCGUUUCAAUUCUUUGUCCAUAGCUGGUGUUUAGUGACACAAAAAUGACAUUUUGCAGUUUCACAGUCUGGUCAGGGUAGCCAGUCAAUAAGUUAGCAAGGAAGCAGCUAUCGGGAAAGCUUCCGAAGAUCUGUCUGCCAAUUGGAAGCUGGGGCGGGCUAAGGGCAGAGGGCGUACCUGACCCGGGUUUGUCUCAUAGAGCAUGCGCGGUCUUCACAGAAGGUGACGCGAAAGCUAAGGAGGCCGCGAUUGCGUAGGCGCAGGUUCUGAUUGGCCACUACACAAGCGCGAGGGGCCGUGCCUACGCGUCGCCAAGUAAACAGGACAGGCUAGAGGCGGAGCUACGGAGGCGCGGCUUCCUGGUUGGCCAAGCGGGAGGUGGGGGAGUGCCGCGGAUUGGUCACGGCCGCGAGCUCGCUGGUGUGGAGCGCGCCGGGUCCCCGAGCCGGCGGCCUGAGGGAUGGACGAGACGAGCCCGCUAGUGUCCCCCGAGCGGGCCCAACCCCCGGAGUACACCUUCCCGUCGGGCUCCGGAGCUCACUUUCCGCAAGUCCCGGGGGGCGCGGUCCGCGUGGCGGCGGCGGCCGGCUCCGGCCCGUCACCGCCGUGCUCGCCCGGCCACGACCGGGAGCGGCAGCCCCUGCUGGACCGGGCCCGGGGCGCGGCGGCGCAGGGCCAGACCCACACGGUGGCUGUGCAGGCCCAGGCCCUGGCCGCCCAGGCGGCCGUGGCGGCGCACGCCGUUCAGACCCACCGCGAGCGGAACGACUUCCCGGAGGACCCCGAGUUCGAGGUGGUGGUGCGGCAGGCCGAGGUUGCCAUCGAGUGCAGCAUCUAUCCCGAGCGCAUCUACCAGGGCUCCAGUGGAAGCUACUUCGUCAAGGACUCUCAGGGGAGAAUCGUUGCUGUCUUCAAACCCAAGAAUGAAGAGCCAUACGGGCACCUUAACCCUAAGUGGACCAAGUGGCUGCAGAAGCUGUGCUGCCCCUGCUGCUUUGGCCGAGACUGCCUUGUUCUCAACCAGGGCUAUCUCUCAGAGGCAGGGGCUAGCCUGGUGGACCAAAAACUGGAACUCAACAUUGUACCACGUACAAAGGUAGUAUACCUGGCCAGUGAAACCUUCAACUACAGUGCCAUUGACCGAGUAAAGUCCAGGGGCAAGCGGCUUGCACUAGAGAAAGUGCCAAAAGUUGGGCAGCGGUUUAACCGCAUCGGCCUGCCACCAAAGGUCGGGUCAUUCCAGCUCUUCGUUGAAGGCUACAAAGACGCAGACUAUUGGCUGCGGCGUUUUGAAGCAGAACCUCUUCCUGAGAACACGAACCGACAGCUACUAUUGCAGUUUGAGCGGUUGGUGGUACUGGACUACAUCAUCCGCAACACUGACCGAGGCAAUGACAACUGGUUGAUCAAAUAUGACUGUCCGAUGGAUAAUUCUAGCUGUCGGGACACAGAUUGGGUGAUGGUGAGGGAGCCUGUUAUCAAGGUGGCUGCCAUAGACAAUGGGCUAGCUUUCCCACUGAAGCAUCCUGACUCCUGGAGGGCAUAUCCUUUUUACUGGGCCUGGCUGCCUCAGGCGAAAGUCCCGUUCUCUCAGGAGAUCAAAGAUUUGAUUCUUCCAAAGAUUUCAGACCCUAACUUCAUCAAGGACUUGGAGGAGGACCUAUAUGAACUCUUCAAGAGAGAUCCUGGCUUCGACAGGGGCCAGUUCCAUAAGCAGAUUGCUGUCAUGAGAGGCCAGAUCCUAAAUUUGACCCAGGCCCUAAAAGACAAUAAGAGCCCCCUGCAUCUCGUCCAGAUGCCUCCUGUGAUUGUCGAGACAGCCCGUUCUCAUCAGCGGUCUGCAAGCGAAUCCUACACACAGAGCUUUCAGAGUCGGAAGCCCUUCUUUUCAUGGUGGUAGCCCCAGAGGCAGGCAGAAGAAAUCCUGCAGGUGACAGGCUGGGAGGAAGCCUGGAAUCCCAGGUUCGCAGAAGCCCGAGAAGCUGGCGCACAGCAGAGCCUUUCAGAGCCCUUCCUCUUUGCUUGCCACCUCCCUCAGGGCUUUCCUACCCACAGGGAGAAGCACAAUGGGGGGACAAGAGUGUUCCUGGACCUUCAGAGUGUUGGGGAGGCUCCUGGCCAGGCAAGGAGCGCAGGCGGCUGAGGAGGAGCCACUCCCUCCUAGCAUUUGGUGGCUGGUUGGGAAAGUCCCAUCUCUCCCUGACAACCCUCUCCAUCCAGGUUACCUAAUAUAUUCUGCAUCAGAAACCAACAAAACAAAAACAACAGAAACAAAUUUAAAUGCUUAUAGGAAAACCUACAUUAGAUCCUCUGACAUCAGAAGCCCUUAAUCUAGAAACUAAAUUUGCUCAGACACAGGCACUCUGAUACCUAGCAGUUGUUUACUCCAUGAACUGAGCGGUCAGAGGCCCAUCGCUGGUCCACAGACAGAAGCCAUUCCUUUCUGGUUUUGCCAAAUUGAGCCUCCUCUUGCCACACUGGUACUGACUUCUUGUGGCAAUGAGGAGCAGGUUCAUGUUCUGCACACAACACAGGCUUCUCUGCCCUGCUGUAACUUGCCCGGCACUCAUCUGAGGUGGGAGGGGCUAGCCUUGGCAGUGUGCUCUGCCAGGAGUGGUUGUGUGCCUGCUUGCAUGCUGGGUGCUAGGAGGGUUCUAUGGGAGCCUGGCACAGCCUCACUCUUGGUCCUUAGUUACGGCCUUCCCUACUUUUCUGUUUGGUAUUCUAGUUUCCCCCAUUUUAAAAUGAGUUCAGUUUGGGUUCUGGAGUGGCUCUCAGCAGGGGUUGUGGGUCAGUAGGUUCAUGGGCAGCCAGGACAGCGUCUCUGUUCAUGUGUUAACCGCUGCUGCCUGGAGAGAACAGGACUGUGUUCUGCCCCCUAACCAGCGUGCCCCUUGGCUCCUGCCUUCCUGUCCUGGGAUGGUUUCUGCUCAGCUUCUUGAAGAGAGGCCUUCAAACAGUUCCCCAGUGCCUGCCCAGCUCAACGUGCAUCUUCCUGCUUCCAUGUCUUCUCCCUUGCCAGGUGUUUGAACCCUUUCUACACCAAAGCAAAGAAUUGACUUCAGGAGGGAGUGAAAAGGGGGCCGAGAGGCUGUAGGCAGCGGCAGUGGUCACACCCUGUGCUGUGGACCCUUGAGUGUUCUCACACUCUACAGUUGGUCAGUCAGCCUUGGAAAGAAAUGUCCUGAAGGCUUGAUACAACCAAAGACCUGGAGUGAGGAGCACAACUGUGCCUCAGCUGCUUGCCGGGCUCCCACCGCCUGGAGGCAGGGCCGAAGACAGCCUUCCGUCAGGUGGGGCAGGCUGCUCCCUGUCCAUUCCAACCCAGGAGCCAGCUUGCUAUGGGCUUCCACUCAGCAACAUGAAUCUCCGAGCACUGGAUAUGCAUGCCCUAUGGACAGUCGCUGUUGUUUGCCCCAUCUUGACAAUCCCAUCCAGCUCACGUGGACUCUGGCCUCAGAACCUUCUUUGAGAGAAUCUCUCUCUCUCAUCGACACAGGAGCCAGCAGGGGUCCAGGUGUGUGCGGGUCUUCACAGAUGUUUCCACACCAGCCGGGUGGUGAGACUCCCUCUAGAGUGCUGGAGAGAACUCAGUGUUGCCCCAGACUUGUGUGCACUGUCCUGCCCCAGACCAGGUUUGCCAUCAGGAGGAAAUUGGGUCCAAUGGAAGAGGGGGCCGGUGCCAGGCCCAGUGGGCAAGAGUGCAGGCAGCCUUCCCUGCCUCCCUCCCUCGAAGCUUGUACUCAAGUUGCCUUGAAUGUGGACUUGGGAGUGCCAGGAGCCCAGAGUGUCAGGUACUUCAGAACAGCCGCCCCUCUGCCAGCUUAGGUCUGUCCCGUGUCUAGGAGCUGAAGCUGGCUGGUGAGCGCUGCUGCCCUGUUCUUCUAAUGCACUGUAGAAAUUGUAUGUAUUGUAUUUAAAUCAAUGCAGAUGUAUGAAUAACAAAUCCAGUUCUGA